UUUCGGUUAACCCUCCCCAGCAACGAGUCACGCACUUCGUUCUCGUUCGUUGGUUCGAUCGGUUUCGUGAAAAUUUCGCUGCUGGUUCGCGCGUCGUCUGAUGUAAAAUAGCGGAAAAAAGCGGUAAAACCGCCCAAAAAUUAACCAAAAAGUGUAAAAUUUAUGCGGUUGGUGUUUGGCCAAGUUUUCUCUAACUGCCUGUCACAGAUGCAUUAGACCGCGUCCGUUACCGUCAACUACAUUUAUCUCACCAGCCGCACAUCUCUAGCGCGCUACCAUGGAAUCCAAGUCGAUUGAGGUGCCACCGGAAGUACGUUCCACCCGGUCCCGAUCAAAAACUCCCGGCUUGAACUUGCGCGUCAGCGUCGAACGCGAUCUCAAUGGCAGCGAAUUGACCAAAACGGAGAAGGUUCAGAAAGCGCCAACUGUUACCACAAUCCAGGAAGAGUUGAACUCCUCACAAAAAUCAACCACUGCAUCAGGUGGUGCUAGAUCUGUUCGCAAAACCCGCACCGUAACCUCCGAUUAUUCCUCCGAUGGGACUUCGCCAGAGCGACCAGCCACCAUCACCAAGGAAGCUUCCAAUAGUGCGACCACGGAGAAAUCCGUUACGGUUACAAAGACAUCCAUCACAACCACUAGCACAUCAGCUUCCUCGUUGUCCUCGUCUUCUCCCUCCAAAAAGGAAACCCGCCAGAAUGAAAUCAAUCGUACGUUAGAAGAUAGUCAAAAAGUUAUUCUUCGAACGAGUACCCCCAAAGCCACUUCCAAAGUGUCGAAAAAGAAUACUCUUACCCCGGAGGAAUUGAAGCAGCAUGUUGCUUACAAAGAGUACAAAGAAGCCGGAGAGUAUUGGAACAAGUUUCCCAAAACAGAUUACACCUAUUCGGAGCUGUCGCCGUUUCGCAGGGAGAUCGCUCCGGGUAUGAUUGCCAUGCCAAAUAUGUCCCGGCCGGGUUUGAGCAAACACGCCGAGCGAAUAAACGUGAUGAUACAGCGAAACCCCAAGCAGGAAUCGUACAUUCGACAGCGAUAUUCCACGUCGAAGUAUUCCAGCGCUGGAGUUGCCGGAGGGAACUUCGCCCAAGCAGACCCCUAUGAUUCCGGUGAGGAAACGAUGGACUUGUCCCAACUUUCGCGGGUCUCGCAAGGCUAUCGUAGCAAGAGAUCCGUCACGCAGGUGCAGGUGGACGAACAUCAGUCGUUUGUUACCCGCUUUUUCCUGUCUAUCGUAAAUCUGUUCUACAGUGCGUCACAUUCUGUGUCCAGGGUGUUUAAUCAGUCGGAACACAAUCUGUAUUACACAAGGAUUGAAGACGAGAGAGGCUUUUUCGGAAAAACUUACUCCUUUUUCAAUAUGCUGAUUACGGGCGUCUUCAAAAAGGUGUAUCUCCUGAUCUCAUCCGUUCUUUUCCUGGACACCUGGUUGCUUCAGACUGCUUCAAAUGACGUCCAGCAGGCCAAACGCAAGAAGAAGUUCCUGCUGUGGCUUCUAAUUCUGCUGCCGUUCUUGCUGUUUGGUGCAUUCCUCCUAGCAGACGAGGACCAGACCAUUGUCCUGCCAGCAUCGAAACGUGCCACCAUAGCUUUAGCCUCGCUUUCGCACAUCCUGCCAUCAUUGAAGGACCAAGAUCUGGACAGCUUCAAAGCAAAUCUCUUCCAAAAGUUAGACUUCCGGGAAUCAACCUUCUCGUGGCGUUCCCUCUUACCGUCCUUUAGUUUGGGUUUUGGUUUUGGCGGUGAUGGUGGCUCAGCGGGAGCGCAUUACGAGCACCUUAAAUCUGACCUGCAGAAGACCCUGAGCAAACAAGAAUAUGACGAUUUGAUGCGGCAUAUAGACGCGUACAUCGAGGGGUUACUAACGCAAAAAUAUUUGAAAAAAGAACAGGAAGAGGCGAAAGCAAAGCAAUUGAUCAGUCCAGAGGUAACGGUUCACGUGGCCAACGUGGUGCGCGAGAAUUUGCAAUCAUAUAACUACCGGCUGGGUCAGGCCGAUGUCGAUUCGGUAGCCGAGAAGGUUCGACUUGAGCUGCUGGCAGCUUACCCAAAUGUGUUCAAUCCGAGUAGUGGAUCCGGUGAAAGGAAAGUUGAAGCAAUGGAAGUUUCUAAGGAAACCUUGGUUGAAAUUCAAAAGCUAGUGAAACAGCAAAUCAGUAUUACGAAUAACAACUUUGUCAUUAGCGAUCAACAUCUGGAGGAAAUCCUGAAGAAAAUAUUGUCUUCAAGUCAGCUUGUAGAUUUGAUUGACGCUAGGGUGCUCAUGCAGACGAAAGAACCGAAACACCAACAAGAAUCGCAAGCAGCUUUGGUUGAGAAUUUGAAAAAUGAGAUAAAUGAAAUCAAAAUGCAUUUCACAGAGAAACUCGCUGCGAGUAGUUUGAUGAUUGAGGAUAACAUAAACCUGUUGAAGGAAGGCCACAGUCGGUUAGCAGAACAGGUCAACAGCUAUCGGAUAGAAAACGACGAGAAGUAUGUAAACUUGAUGUCGGAUAUCGAUGCUAGGUUAGCAGCGGUGAAGCAAGAGCAAUUCGUAGGUUUGAAUAAGAUCAUCAAGAAGAACAUCGUUACCAUUUUGGGAAUGAACGUUAAGGAAGACUUCUCCGAUGCGGAUCUUAAGGCCUGGAUCAGUAAUUUGUUUGUGGCCAAAGAUUAUCUAGAGAGUCGAUUGAAGGAGUACCAGGAGGGAGUUAGUGCCUUAAUACAGCAGGAGAUGGAGCGAUCCGCAGCAACGCUGAUGAAAGAAAUUAGCGAAAAAAUCCAGAAGGAAGUGCUGGUGGCAAUUCAGUCGCGUGAGAGUGAGGUUAAUAUCGAUGCGGGAACCGGAAGAACCUCGUCGCAGGGUGGCCCUGGUGGUGACGGUAGAGGAGGAAGUCUUACGGAGAAUGACGUCCGGCGAAUUGUUCGGGAUGCGCUGCGCAUCUAUGAUGCAGACAAAACGGGACUGGUGGAUUAUGCUUUGGAAUCGGCCGGAGGGCAGAUUCUGUCGACGAGGUGUACCGAAAACUACCAGACGCAAUCGGCGCAAAUAUCCAUUUUUGGUAUACCGUUGUGGUAUCCGACCAACACACCACGGACGGUUAUUUCACCGACCAUGCAGCCCGGGCAGUGCUGGGCGUUUUCCGGGUUCCCGGGUUAUCUAGUGAUCCAGCUGAAUAGCGACAUCGUCGUGACAGGCUUCUCGCUGGAACAUAUCUCUAAACUGCUUGCACCAAAUGGACAAAUUGAUUCCGCCCCGAAGAAUUUCUCCGUUUGGGGCCUCGUGAACGAAAACGACCAGGAACCGGUCCGUCUGGGUAACUACCAGUACCUGGACAACGGUGCCGCGCUGCAGUACUUCCCGGUGGAGGAUCCGACGCGCCCGGAACUGGUGGGCCGGGCGUUCCGGAUUGUGGAACUGCGCAUCGAGACCAAUCACGGGAAUGCGUUGUACACGUGUCUGUACCGGUUCCGGGUUCACGGUGAGAGGGUCUGAGUCCGAAAACGGUGGUAGGAAAGUGCCGUUUUGUUCGUUGUAAAUAGUUUGUUUAAUAAGGUAGGCUAGGUAUGUUUUAAAACUUGUUCCGGAUCGGGAAUUGUUUUUUUGUGCAUCAUAUUGGUUUUAACAUUUUUGUUUUAGUGUUAAGGUUUGUUUUAAUGUUCACCGUUAGACUAGGAACCAUGAUAGUGGUGCAAUAAUUUUACCAUAGCAGUAAUUUAUAAACCAUCGCAGUCAGGAACCAAAUUAUUAACUCUUAAGGCGCAUAGUUUUUAAGAAUCUGCUUUCUAUCGAAUUCGUCAAGGGCUUCGUCAAGUUAGACGAAGUCCUGCUGAUCGCAUUUUUGUUUUUCUAAUUUGCACUAACUUCGCUUGCUUCAUACUAACUAUUAAAGCCUAGCUCUAACGUUUAGAUUUUGUUUAGUUCGUGUAUGAAAGCUAGAAUGAGUGAUUGUGUUGCGAUUGUAGAUAGUUAAGUGAAUGGAGACAGAGAGCAAUGUUUUAUUUUGUUUUUAUUUGUUAUGUUUUUUUUCGGACAACUUCAUUAUAAACUUUUGUUUUUAUGUAGACCGUCAAAUUUGAUUAAAAGUAGAAAACAUGAUGUAUCUAAAUACAACAAUACUAGGUAGUUGAUUCCGUCGUGCUUGGAAGCAAGAAUUAAUUGGCAAAGUUUAUUUCACGUUCUGUCCAUUACGAGUUCCUUCGAGGUUUAUUCAGAUAUUCAUCCACCCUGAUUUUAUUCAGAAGUUCCAUUCGAUUAUGUAGUUCCAUUUUAGAAAAUCUAUGGCCAUUUUUUUAAAUCUCGAAUAUAAUUACAUUACAUUUAAAUUUCUUCAAUAAUAUGCACAAAAAUCUCUCCAUGGAUUCACUUUUUACGGGCGACACGUGGUGGAAGAAUAAUUCAUUGUUUCGGGUAGGUACAAGAAGAGUGGCGAGGAACUUUGAAUUCCGAUUGUUUACCUACCUAUUUUAAUAGCUGAUUGUAACUUCGAUGAGCAGUUGCCUAACAUAGAAGACGAGACAUGAUGCAGACAAUGCAUAACACAGGAUGUCGAUUGGUAGUAGGUAUAGAAAGAAUGUCCACAAUGCUUGGUGUGAUGGUUGGUUUCAAAACGGUUCUUUAGUUGGGUGACUUCAGUGAGCGUGUUGUUGACCAGAACGUUAUGCCUACAUAAUGCUUCCAACUUUCCCCAAAACGAUGCCAGUCUGUUGCGAAAACAAAAUCAUUUGGUCGAUUCCUGAGUUUUACACUGGAGUACUGAUUUUGCACGGUUGUGCGAUGAGCUGGUGGGCCAUGUAUUUCUUCCCUGCCGGAUGUUCUAGAUAGAUCUCUUAAAUUUUGAGCAAAAAGAACGACAAGUCGGUCCCCAUCGAACGAUGGAAUCAACUUCUACAUGCUGAUGAAACCGGAUGUCACCAACAUGAUCAUCAGACAAACCAACGAUAUGUUCAUCGCUGGGGCUUUUACACACCCCCUUAAUAAGGAAAUUCAAGUACACCCAUGUUUUUUUACACGGUUUGGUUUUAGUCGUUUAAGAUCUAAAGCGUCAAUGAAACAAUGAGUUAACCCCACCGAAAAGAUCACAAAAAAUCGAAAAAAAAUCAGGGGGUAUUUAAAUAACUGUGAAAGUUCAAGUUAACCAAAAAAAUAAUGAAUUCCAACCGCGUAAAAAAAACCUGGGUGUAAUAGCAAUUCCAAAGCAUGGCAAAGAUCUCGACGAUCGAAGGCAACAUGCCAAUGUCGUUGGUGCCCAUUAUAACGAAAAUCACCAACAGUGCUGUAUUCAUCGACAUAACCAAUGCGUACAAUAAUUCUCGUACACACUCGAAGCUCUAAUGCAUCAACAUUGAUUUCCAUGUGAACUGGUCACGUAUGCUUCAUGAAAAACAGGAAAGUAGGCAUACAAGUCGUAAAACGAACAGUUUCAAGAAUGGUGAGUAAUGAACUUCCACAAGGGGAUGUAAUGUUACCAGUACUGUUCCACAUAUAUCAGUAUAUGACCUCUAUGAGCCGACCAACGACAAGAGCAUAUUUGUUCAGUUCGCUGACGAUUUUUCCUUGAUAGUGACCAGGAACAGUGUGGAAGACGUGAAACACAAAGAACACAGCAGAACCUUGAUAUGUUCGUCGUGCUUACGUCCGCGGAUUUUUUCCCCAUGUAUUUUUACAUAUGCGAUGUCUUCGGGAUUUGGGCACAGACAAUCAAAAUCCCGGCCGCAUUUAAAAUACAUGCAUCUGGCGGAAAAUUUUCCCGAGGUGUAAAGUAGCCUUAACCGUCUAUAUCGUUAAUCACAUAUCGAUUUUUAUCGAGUACCUUCCCUACUUGAUAGGGGCCUUUGAAUCGGGGAUACAACUUUUUAUUUUCGCCAACAACCGGCACGCUGCGAAUUCAAACCGUAUUCAAACAACUUCUGUCAUGCUUCGGCAUCAAUCAACGCACUAUCCCAAGAAUAUUUCGAGGACUCGACUAACUUGGCCAAAAGAGGUACUAACGUACGGUUGUAUCUUUCCACCUAUCCGUUAGCUUGAGGACAAGCCGUCGCCGCUAAACUAUGAACUACUCCGUGCGAUUCGACAAAACUUUUGAAUGCCUGAGAGGUGAAACAUGCUCCACGAUCCGAUACUAAUACCCUUGGAGUACACUGUAGAUAAUGAAAUACAACUUCAAAUGUUUACGAGAUGAGCCGGCCAAGGGCCGAAAGUCUCGGUAAUAAAGAUAAAUAAAUAAUAACUUCAAAUGUUUCAUUACUUCAUGCGUGUUGGUAGUUUUGGUAGGAAAAAGUUUGAUAAACUUAGAAAAACCAUCGACCACUGCCAAAACAUACUUAUUUUUUCCCGUCGUUGUCUCUAAUGGUCCCAAAUGGUCUACAUGGAUCAUCCAAAAAGGCCUAUUUCCUUUAUCAAUACUUUGAAGCUCACCAUCCGUUCUUCUAGUUUUGGGAUUGUACAUGAUACAAGAAAUGCAUCUUUUAGUAUGAGCGAGCACUUUCUCUGCCAUUUGCGGAAACCAGAAAGACCGUUUUAUCAUCUGUACUACCUUAUCUUUACCGAAAUGACCGAGAGAAUCAUGAAACCUGAAUAUGACAGACUCCUCCAUAUCCUUCGGGAUAUACACUGCCGUGAAUCGCAUAGAUGUCCCAUUUUUGCUGGGUUUCUUAGUCAUAUGGUACAAAUAUGCGAUUCACAGCAGUAUAGAAGUAGGCGACUAUUUUCCACUUUGUACAACAAAUCGUAACGAUCUUCAAAACCAAACAAGCUACGUUCUCCUUCGUUCACAUCAACUACAUGUACAUACAUCCUUGCCAAGGGGGCUUAUUCUACGAGUCGAGUGACGUGAGGUGAGUCGAUUUUAGCAAUUCUCACGUGAGGUGACCAUGUUAUUCAAAUGGGGCUAUACGACUCUUCUCACGUCAUUCGAGCAAUCUCACGUCACUCCACUCGUAGAAUAAGCCCAAAGGCAUCAACGUGUUGCAUUCGGUCUGCCGGACGAUGGACUAUCUGAUUCACUGGACGACAAAAUAAAAAAAUAAAAGUUUGUAUUCGCGAUGCUCAUGUGUUGCAUUUGUAGUUUUGAUCUUCAAAAUCGACUGGUGACUCUAACGCGAGUUAAUUGAUUGGGAAAAUUUCUAGAUUAUUUGGUCACAAAAUUGGGGAUGGUUCUUCGCUUUAACGAAGUGAAGUCAUUUAUAUGUUUGCAUGUUCAUAGAAGUAAAAAUAAAAUGUAAUAUAAUGUGUACUUUUUAGAUUCUUCCGACAGUGCGGCAUGAAAGAAUCCAUUUUCUAUGUCCAUAGUAGAGAAAUACUUUAUAUCUUUAAUAUUAUAUAUAAGUUUGAAAAUCUGGUCUUCGAAUACUGGAAGGGGAAAUCGAUCACGUUCCAACGGUUUAUUCAAAGUUUCGAAAUUAAGGAAAAGCAUCACAGGAUCCAUCACUCGCGUUUCCAAGGGCACACCACUCAAUACGGAGGCAGCGGACAACUUUUGAUUUUAUUAUUUCAGCUUUGCUGCGUCGCAGCAUGCGUGGAAUAAUAAUAAUGAAAGUUGUAGGAUGCUUUCAUAUUGAGUGGUGUGCCCUUGAAAACGCGAGUGAAUUUAGUUUUAGAUUCUGUGAUACUUGUCCUUAACGCAAAAACGAGUACGCCCAUUCUUCUUCUUCACAAGUAUCACUCUACCUGAAUAUGGGGACUCGCUCUCGCGGAUAAUGCCAACCGUCAACCAACUAUCCAAUAUUUCAUCCACAGCAUCACGCUCGAAUUUACUGAACCUUUGCGGCAGGACAUUGAAAUACAGUAGACGUUCGAUAACUGCAAGUCAUUUAACUGCAAUGCUUUUUAACUGCAAUUCGAUAGUUGCAACAGUUUUGCAGUUAUCGGACCGCUAAACUUCAAACUGAUGUCAAACUCAAUGACAGCUGCAUUGCGCUGCACAUUUAGAUGCACUUUUAUUGCAUCUGACGUCGAUUGACAACCGUUUGACGUCUAGAAUGCGUUGCAGUUAUCGAACGGCAUUCGUUAACUGAAAAGUAAACAUUUUGCAGUUAUCGAACGGCUACUGUACUUAUCUUCCUUUAGCCGAAUUGAUGCAAUGUACUUAACCGCUUUCGGUUUUUCCGAUGAUUCCGAUCGUUUUAAAAGACUGACCGCGCUGCCCAAAUCAGCGAGCAGUUUCAGCAAUCGCCGACCGAUAAUGGCAUCACAUGUCAGCAUUCCUGUCUUCGUCGGUAUCGAUGAUCUCAUUUUUGAACCACGUUUUCCCCUUCUUGGUUGUUCUACUGCUUGAUAUCCAUUGCUCCAAUAUAUCCUUCUUUUUCGUCAGUAGCAGGUCAGUAGCGUUCCGUCGACGUUUCAUUUUCGACAUCCGUCCAUAGCUCGCUUUGCACUAUCGUAUACACUAAUGCUGAUGAAGGGCCCUCUUUAGCCGUGCGGCUACAAAGCAAGACCUUGCUGAGAGUGGCUGGGUUCGAUUCCCGGUGCCGGUCUAGGCAAUUUUCGGCUUAGAAACCUCACAGUUAACCCUUUCCUUCCCAUGGUAGCUGUAGAGCUCCAUCAAAUUUUGCACCUUCCAACAUUCAUAGAAUUAUUUCAAUCACAAAAAGCAGUAUUUGGCAAAACUUUAUGGUUCCAUUAGACUGCAAAUAUAAUCAAUUUUGAGUAAAAAUAGUGAAACUAUUGAAAACAAUCAAGCAACUAUUGAUUUACAAUCAAAAACUUUUUUUCGUUUUUCACUAAUUUUAGCUAUGCCAAACAACUUUUGUUCAAGCAUUUUUUCCAUAGAUGAUUCCUUCCUAUUGAAAUCUUUGAAAAAAGUCGUGGGAAAGAGAGGGUUAAUAACUGUGGAAAUGCUUAAAUGAACACUAAGCUGCGCUCGGCUCUGUCCCAGCGUGGGGAUGUAAUGCCAAUAAGAACCCGAGUUAUUUUCUUCAAUCCCACUUCUGAUAUUGAAGUAUAUUUAUUUAGAUGUUCACUCCUCGCUAGCUUAACAUCGAGUGUGCUGACGAAAGCGGAUAUGCUGAUUUUUAAAACUCUACCGGAAAACGCACUGAACUUAAACUGGGGGUAGGAAUUGCGUACUCUCACAUUACCAGUAUAGGGGGUAGACCAUAGAGAACAGACGUGGAUGCUCGAACAAAAUUUCCUUUAAAACGUGUGUAAAGAUUUAAAUCGAUUUAACGCGAAUGAAGAUGAACGUCUGUUCUCUGUGGGUAGAUUACUAAAAUUAUAACUGCUACAUUAUUAUGUUUAAUUCAUGAUAACAAAACUUCAGACGUAUAGACGUGCUAUUUUUCGACACAAAAUAGGUAUACAAGCACAAAAGGCUCGAUAAAUCUCAACUAAUAGCAAGUUAAUUGGCCAGGAAAAGUUAAUUGCUGAUAAUUAGUACUAACUACGUACGAGUCUAUAACCCAACAUAAGCAGCUAAUAUUUCCUACGAAAAACGACGAGUCAGCCCCGGGCUGAAAGUUUCUAUUAUAAAGAUAAAAACCCAUAUUAAACCACCUAUUAGUAGUACUGCCUUUCUUGCAUUUAGCCAAGACACCAACCUUUUCGGUUUGGUUCAUAUUUUUUUAUAACUUUUGAACGUUAUCGAUCGUUAUCAAAUUCAAUAGCAAUCAACUUUUCCACCUUUCGAAUGCAAGUUGUUGCGAUAAAGUCGGUUAAUUAUAACUGUAUGCAAAGUUGGUUACAUUUUUGUACACACACGUACGUCGUACAUAUAUACAUACACACACACACGCACGGACAGACAGACAUUUGCUCAGUUCGUCGAGCUAAAUCGAGUGGUUUAUAACACUAUGCUGCCGUCAGACGCAUAAAUGUACUGGAUACCUGGUUGGCUACAGCGUCGAUACACCUAUGCCUGGCGUAUUGUAGAGCUCCAUAAUAAUUGUCGGUCUUGGGCGUUGUUCCUCCUGUUUCCCCGAACGUUCAGGGUCCCGAGGUCCGAUUCCACCGCGUGCAGCCAGCGUGUUCGUGGCCUUCCACGAAGUCGUCGGCCCUCAUCUGGUACUCUGUUGAAUAUUGUUUUCGCUAUUUUCGCUAUUCCUUCUUCCGACAUUCGCACUAAGUGACCAGCCCACUGAAGUCUGCCGUAUUUUAUACGAUUCACAAUAUUUUCUUAUGUAUACUUGAUACAGCUCAUGAUCCAUGCGUCUGCGCCACACACCAUUUUAUAGUUUCCCUAACAGGGGAAGACCUAGUGGUGUUGGUGCAGAGGUAGUGCUUGAUGGGGUGUGUUUGAAGUUGUUGAAGAAUUUGUUUAUCUUGGAGCGCUUGUGACAUGUGAUAAUGACGGUUCCCGUGAAGUGAAAAGACGUAUUGCUGCUGCGAAUAGGGCCUUUUACGGAUUACGUAACCAGCUUAGGUCCCGCAACAUGCAGACGGAAAGCAAAUUUGCUCUAUACAAAACUCUGAUUCUAGCGGUGGCCCUUUAUGGACUUGAAACAAGGACAUUAAAAGAGGCGGACCGGAGAGCUUUCGGGGUUUUCGAGCGAAAAGUGCUGCGUACAAUGUCACAUGUUACAAACGAGAAAAAUAGGAAAAACGCAUUUAAAGUUUCAAAAUGCAUACAUCCUAUUAUCGCAAAAUUUCGCAUUUUUAUUGACUUCAACGCAAUAAACUAUAGAGGAAUACCCAACUAACAUUUGACAGAUAUGCUGAUAUGUAUAAAAACAAAUUUAGCUAUCACGAUUGUGUUUUGACGCCUUUCAGAAAUUAUUUCUCAGUGAAUGAGUUCGAGCUCGAUGCAUCCAUUAAAAAUCGUCAGCAAGUUUGUUUGAGAUUUCAGUUUAAUUUACCAACACUGUAUUUGAAUCUUUCGACCGAGCGAGUCAGUUUUUUUAAUGAAAAAGAUUACCUGCUUAAUUAUGACAUAGAACGGAAAAUUUUAAAACAACACUAUCAAUAUACCUACCUACGUUUCUAUGCAAUGCCUACUUGCGUGUCCGAUAUGCUUACAUCAUUUUUUUUUGCGUGUUGCCUUUUCAUUUUGAAUGACUCUCUGUAAUAUAAUUUACAUUAUACUACCAUCUUGCCAUUACCUACUGUAGUAACAUCUGUAUUGUUUCUCUUUUAAUAUUAGUUUGCCGCAUAAUAUUUCAAGCAUGAAAACAUUUCCUUUGCUGAAUGAAUAUAGAAAAUAUAUGUAGUUCGAUAAGUUAUAAUAUAAUUGAAAACUAAUUUUAAGUCACCAACAGCAGUGUCACUCUCCGAUUAUGUUAUGAGUUCAUCUACAAGUUACGUUGAAACAUUAACUUUGCGCAAUUUGUAGAUAAUCACUAUCGUUCUUAAAAUGCUGAAUGCUGACAUUCAGUAGACUCUAAACGCAUAAUACUUACCAUAAGCUCCAAAGUCACUAAUCAUACUUAAGAGUGUAUUAUAUGUUUUGUUAAUUUAUGCAUAAUUUAAGAAAAAGAACGCAUGAAGUAAUAACUUCGUAUCAUUAAAAAACUGCAAUGUGUUCGUUGAUUUAUAAUUUUAAUUGUAUCGAGCGAAUAACUUGAAUGAAUAACUAUGUGAAAUACAGUACAAAUUUGUUGUAUAUUUUCCUUGUGUUGCAAAAAAUGACGUUUCUUUAUAAAUUACAAUUAAAUUUAACUCAACACAUGUGUCUAAGUUUUUGCUUUUUUAAAUAUUAUUUGACGAAUCAACGCACAUAAUCAAAAACUAAUAAAUUAGGUGGCCUUUCCAGUGUAUCAAAUAGCGUAUAAAAUCUAUGUGUCGUUUCUACAUUCUACUGCAACAGUGAUUUGAUAUGAGUAAUAAAUAAUUUGAUUCAAA